AUGGCGGCUGUGACUCAGGCAGCCAGCUGCUGCAGUGUUGUGACGGUAAUGAGGACGGGGUCAGUGUAUAUAGACAGACUGAACGACACGGGAGGACAGGGAGGGGAGAGACGCAGAAACAGAGAGGGAGAAAAACAGAUGCGUAGACGGGGUACGGCUGGGUUCAUGCAGGGAGUGAGCUGGAGACCGAGACGUGGAGAGAGGGAGGAAAAAAAAGAGAGAAAGAGGCGGAGAGAUAGAAGCCAGCUGAUAGGAGGACUCUACAGCAGUGAUAGCCUCACGGGGAAAGUACUGAGCUAA